GUUGAGUGCGCCAGGGCAGCACGGCUGUAUUAUAUAACUUUAAUGUACUCACGGGUUUAAUGGCGCAAGAGCAGAACAUUGCGCCGCAGAUCUGUCGAUUCUCUGCGGAUUUAUCCUGAGAUCGCGAACGAGCGACCGAUCGAUCACUUUUUUUUUUUUUCUCCCCCUCUCUCUCGCCGGCGACGUGCAUUAAAAGUUAUCGACAGAUCUGCGAAACGGCGCACACGGUGGAUUUCGCCAGCUCCAGCUAGGUCAGCGGCGCUGUUGAUUUGAGUUUAGACAUAUUUCGGAGAAUGUUUUCCUGCCACAUGGGAAGAGACGCAAAUCCAGCUGAUAUGUCACCGCACAACACUGCUGCCAGGAGGGGGUUUUAUUUGAGCCCUUGAUCGUGUGGACAUUGCGUUAUUUCUCAUAUUUUUUUUUUUCCUCUCCAAGUUGGACUUACGGGAGAUGACCUAACCGGCGGAGUGCAUCCUUUUCUUUCACUACAGGAUAAAGAAAUGGAUCAGGGUGGACUGAAGCGCAAUGGUAAUCGAGACGACAGCCUGACAUUUGGGGAGAUAGGAGCCGAAGUAGCCAGAGAUACAGGUGACACACCUAGCUCACUGCUCCAGUCUACGAUGCAUCUGCCUGGCCCUGGGCCUCUGCCCCAGCCCACAGUGGCCCCGAAUGGACGGGUUGGAACCAAAGACCAAGGGGAACUCGGAGGCCUCUUUGAGUCCCCUCAGCAUCAUGUCCUGUGCGACAGGUCAGAUAUGAAGGAGGGCAAAAUGAUCAGAAUGCAGAAACCACAACAGCAACAACAGGAUAUUGAUAUAUUCAACAUGGGGGACAGCUUGCCGCUGUUGAACCAGAAUAUAUCUGAUCUCGACCGGACGUCCACGUCUGUCAUCAGCACCUCAGACACCUCCGUCCUCCCCAUGCCCGACCUCUUUUCUCAGCACAUCAAGCAGGAGGGGAUUUUUUCUCUGGACAAGGAAAUGGGAACUUAUAGUGGACACACAGGCACUGGUCAAUGUGAUCUGGAUGGCAACAGCAAUCGCCUAAUCGAGGAUACCGAAAUUUGGCAAACCCUGGACCUUCCUAGCUCGCUGCCAGUAAUCAGUGCUUUCGAGUUGGAUUCGGAAGUGGCAAACUUGGAUAACCUCCUACACGAGAGCAGCCGUGGCGGCGGCUUGGUAAAGGAAACAAAGUCUCUCAUGGGUAACGGAGAAAACUGUACCAGUGUGAACGGCUCGGAGCAGCAGCACCAUCCCAUACAACACCAUCAUCCGCACCAGCAGCAACAGCACCACCACCUAGUACGGCACCAGCAACACCAGCUUCACCAUCAGCAUCAGCAGCCUUCAACGCUACUCUCCAGCGUCAUCAUCAAGGAGGAGGAUCCUGACGACUCUUUCAUCCACAUCCGCACCCCUGGUGUGGUCAAACAGGAGGAGCUGGACAGUGCUGGUUGUUGCCAGUCGCAGUGUCUCCAGAACAGCAUGAGCUCCCUCCACGGAGGAGGAGGAGGAGGCCCCAUGUCCUCUUCUAUGGGCAUCGGUGCAGGACCUAGCUGCCACUACAGAGCCAAUCCGCCUUCCACAGUGGGCCUACAAGACCAGAAGCCUUUUGGCAUGUAUUCAGACCUGUCUCUGGUGGGGGAGAGCUGGAUCAGGGGGAAAAGGUAUGGAGAGUCAUCCGGGAUACAGAGCACCGAUGAUAGGCUCCCCUCUGCUUCGGCCUUGGGAUCAUUUUCUGUCAGCUUCUCCAGCAGAACAGGCGAAAACAGCAGCUCUGCAGUGCCGGGACAAUCCAAGCCCAGCGGUCAGACCCAUAAGAUCUGCUUGGUGUGUUCGGACGAGGCCUCGGGAUGCCACUACGGGGUUGUCACCUGCGGCAGCUGCAAGGUGUUUUUCAAGAGGGCCGUCGAAGGAUGGAGAGCACGACAAAACACAGAUGGCCAGCACAACUACCUGUGUGCAGGGAGAAAUGACUGCAUCAUUGAUAAGAUCCGCAGGAAGAACUGUCCAGCCUGCCGCUUCAGGAAAUGUCUUCAAGCCGGAAUGAACUUGGAAGCACGAAAAAACAAGAAGAUGAUCAAGAUGAAAGUGCCACGGCCCCCUGGGUCAUCAGAGCCCAUUACCAACAUGCCUGUUCCAGUCAUACCCAGAUGCAUGCCCCAACUUGUGCCCACAAUGCUGUCUGUGCUCAAGGCCAUCGAACCAGAGAUCAUCUACUCAGGCUACGACAGCACGCUGCCCGACACUUCCUCGCGGCUCAUGACCACCCUCAACAGGCUCGGGGGACAGCAGGUCAUCUCUGCAGUCAAGUGGGCCAAGUCAUUGCCAGGCUUCCGCAACCUGCACCUUGAUGAUCAGAUGACGUUGCUGCAGUGCUCCUGGCUCUUCCUCAUGUCUUUCAGUCUCGGUUGGAGGUCAUACGAGCAGUGCAACGGUAGCAUGCUCUGCUUCGCCCCCGAUCUCGUCAUCAACAAAGAGCGCAUGAAGCUGCCCUUCAUGACCGACCAGUGCGAGCAGAUGCUGAAGAUCUGUAAUGAGUUUGUCAGACUGCAGGUGUCUUACGAUGAGUACCUGUGCAUGAAGGUGCUGUUACUGCUCAGUACAGGUAACAGAACACAUUUCACUUUGAAAAAUCACAGCAGUGUUUUUCAAAAGUCUUUUUUUUUUUCUGGGAUUAAAAUAGAUUUCAAAAACCAUUGUAUCACCUACGUUAUACUGUUGAAACCUUUUCAUUGCACCGCAAUUUGUCACAGCGGGGAAGUAGAUUGAGUGGAAUGGGGACAAACUGCAUCAUAUGUGCAAAUUACUACUCAUAGUUCAGCAGCACCAUGAUGGCUACUGCAGGCAGAUAGGAAAGCUGUAAAUGGAUGAAUGAGUACUGAAUAUGUGACUGAGUUACUUCUCGGCAUUCAUUAAGACUAACUGAGCAUCUGGGUACCUAUGUUUAGGUGACUUCAAAAUCUUUUUUUAUUUUUUUAUUAUUUGGCAAUACUGCACAGUAACACAUUGUUGUCUGGCAGCACCACACAGUAGUACAUUGUUUUCUUCUUUCUGCUAAAUUGACAAAGCAAGCAACAGCUUGUUUUCUCAGCAUGAAUAAUCAGAGGUUUUUUUUUUUUAUCUACAGCGCUCGCGGCAACAAAUUUGAACCGCUGAACAGCAUUGCUUCAUAUGUUGCAUGUUGUGACGAUUUUAGCAUUGUGAGUAAUGCAGCGAAACAGCACAAGCUUGAAGUUUCUCAGCAAAAACAAUUACACAUAAAGUAAUAACCCUCAUCAUUUCCGUCGUGGUUGAUUUGGCAACCCCUGCAGUUACUGGCAAAUGUGGAGUCCCAGAAUUCUGCUCAA